GGGUUGGCGCCGUGACCUCCAUGUGGGAGCCAGAGCUCUAUAAGUAAACACUCCGCGGGGCCGAGCCACGGUCCGUCCCGGCCUCGGAGGCGGAGGCUGCGGGAUCGAGCGAUCAAGCGAGCCCGCGAGCGAGCGCCUUGGGCGGGUUCCGGUUUCCUUUCACCUCGGAGGGGUGGGCGGUCGCGCGGUCCGGAGCGUCCGUCCUCGCACGCACCGCACCCGCGUUCGCCGAGCCGCGGCGGAGAACCCGAGCCUUCCGGGGGAGGCGGCGGGGGCCGUGCCGGGCGGGGCGGGCGCGGCGGCCCGAGCGCAGGGGCAGACAAAGGGGGCCGGACCCUUGUCCCCCGGCCGCGAUGUGGAUCCAGGUCCGCACCAUCGAUGGCUCCCAGACGCGCACCGUCGAGGACGUCUCCCGCAAAGCCACCAUCGAGGAGCUGCGCGAGCGGGUGUGGGCGCUGUUCGACGUGCGGCCCGAGUGCCAGCGCCUGUUCUAUCGGGGCAAGCAGUUGGAGAAUGGAUAUACUUUAUUUGACUACGACGUUGGACUGAAUGAUAUAAUUCAGCUGCUAGUUCGUCCAGACUCCAGUCUUCCUAGCACAUCUAAGCAGAAUGAUGUUCAGGCUAAGCCCUGUUCUAAUAAUCAGCCUAAAGUAAAGAAAACAGCAAGAGGGGGAUCUUCCAGUCAGCCAUCUACAUCAGCUCGCACUUGUCUUAUUGAUCCUGGCUUUGGACUAUAUAAGGUAAAUGAAUUGGUGGAUGCCAGAGAUGCCGGCCUUGGUGCUUGGUUUGAAGCACAUAUACAUAGUGUUACUAGAGCUUCUGAUGGACAUUCACGUGGCAAAACUCCACUGAAGAAUGGCAAUUCUUAUAAAAGGACUAAUGGAAAUGUAAAUCAUAAUACCAAAGAGAACACAAAUAAAUUGGACAAUGUACCCUCUACGUCUAAUUCAGACUCUGUUGCUGCUGAUGAAGACGUUAUUUAUCAUAUCGAGUAUGAUGAAUAUCCAGAAAGUGGUAUCCUAGAAAUGAAUGUUAAGGAUCUACGACCACGAGCAAGAACCACUUUAAAAUGGAACGAACUGAAUGUUGGUGAUGUGGUAAUGGUUAAUUACAAUGUAGAAAAUCCAAGCAAAAGAGGAUUUUGGUAUGAUGCUGAAAUUACCACACUGAAGACAAUCUCAAGGACCAAAAAGGAAGUUCGAGUGAAAGUUUUCCUGGGAGAUUCUGAAGGAACAUUAAAUGACUGCCGAGUGAUAUUUGUAGAUGAAAUCUUCAAGAUUGAGAAUCCUGGAGCCCGUCCUCUUUGCUUUGCAGAUGGAAAGUUUUUAAGGAAAAAUGACCCAGAAUGUGACCUGUGUGGUGGAGACCCAGAUAAGACAUGUCAUAUGUGUUCUUGUCAUAAAUGUGGAGAGAAACGGGAUCCCAACAUGCAGCUUCUAUGUGAUGAGUGCAAUAUGGCAUACCAUAUCUACUGCCUGAGUCCACCUUUGGAUAAAGUCCCAGAAGAAGAAUACUGGUAUUGUCCUUCCUGCAAAACUGACUCCAGUGAGGUUGUAAAAGCUGGGGAAAGACUCAAGAUGAGUAAGAAGAAAUCAAAGAUGCCUUCAGCUAGUACAGAAAGCCGGAGAGACUGGGGCAGGGGAAUGGCUUGUGUUGGUCGUACAAAAGAAUGUACUAUUGUCCCUUCGAAUCAUUAUGGACCUAUCCCUGGUAUUCCUGUUGGAUCAACUUGGAGAUUCAGAGUUCAGGUGAGCGAAGCAGGUGUUCAUAGGCCUCAUGUUGGUGGCAUUCAUGGUCGCAGCAAUGAUGGGGCUUAUUCGCUUGUCCUGGCUGGAGGAUUUGCCGAUGAAGUUGACCGAGGUGAUGAGUUCACAUACACUGGAAGUGGCGGUAAAAAUCUUGCUGGUAAUAAAAGAAUUGGUGCACCAUCAGCCGAUCAGACCCUGACAAACAUGAACAGGGCAUUGGCCCUAAACUGUGACGCUCCAUUGGAUGAUAAAAUUGGAGCAGAGUCUCGGAAUUGGAGAGCUGGUAAGCCCGUCAGAGUGAUACGCAGUUUUAAAGGGAGGAAGAUCAGCAAGUAUGCUCCAGAAGAAGGCAACAGAUAUGAUGGCAUUUAUAAGGUAGUGAAAUACUGGCCAGAGAUUUCAUCCAGCCAUGGCUUUUUGGUUUGGCGUUAUCUUUUAAGAAGAGAUGAUGUUGAACCUGCUCCUUGGACCUCAGAAGGAAUAGAACGAUCAAGGAGACUGUGUCUGCGAUUGCAGUAUCCAGCAGGCUACCCAUCAGAUAAGGAAGGGAAGAAGACAAAGGGACAGUCAAAGAAGCAGACCAAUGAAGCCACCAAGAGGCCAGCUUCAGAUGAUGAGUGUCCAAGUGCCUCCAAAGUGUUGAAGACAUCAGAGUCAACAGAAGCAGUAGAGGCUUUCCAACUCAGCCCUCAGCAGCAACGCCUAAUAAGAGAAGACUGUCAGAACCAGAAGCUAUGGGAUGAAGUGCUUGCAUCUCUUGUAGAAGGACCGAAUUUUCUGAAAAAACUGGAACAGUCUUUUAUGUGUGUGUGCUGCCAGGAACUGGUGUAUCAGCCUGUCACAACAGAGUGCUUUCACAAUGUCUGCAAGGAUUGCUUACAGCGCUCCUUUAAGGCCCAGGUUUUCUCCUGCCCUGCUUGCCGGCAUGAUCUCGGCCAGGAUUAUGUCAUGAUUCCAAAUGAGACUCUGCAGGCUCUGCUUGACCUUUUCUUCCCUGGCUACAGCAAAGGGCGAUGAUCUGCCUGCUUCUGUGUUCCUGAAUGGCUUCGUGGACAGUACCAAGUCUAAAAUGAGUGGGGAGGGUUAAAGCAAUGCUGGACCAUGUCUCUCAUCCGGAAGCAGCUGCUCCUCUUUCCCACAGCCAUCCUGUGUGUGUAGUAAGAGGCCCAUUCUCAACUGUCUUUUCGAUAUCAAAAGGUAGUUCUUCUCAGUAACAACUCAUUUUAAUGAAUGAAGAGUCAAAGCCUCCACUGUAGUUCAUACCCAAUUUAUGAUUUAUUUUGCAACUACCUCAGGACAGAAAAGAUUUAUGGGGAUUUAAAAAAUUGAUUAAUUAGUUAAAUGAGAUUUUAGCUACACACUGCCUCCCAAAUAUUAGUUGUGCCUGUUUCUUGUAAUUUGCUUUUCUGGGAAAGAAGACAGAUGAGAUUAUCAGAAUGAACACAGCUUCUGUAAUAUGCAUAAUACUUUUUUAAUGUGUCUAUUUCCAUCACAGUGUAUGUUAUACAAGAACAGGUUCAGUUUUUAACUCAUUUGUGAUCUCCAUUGUGGUUUUCUUCUGGUGUUUUAUGCAAAUUGACUACUAAUGACUAAUGAGAACAAUAUGAAUGCAUUGUUGCUACAUUAGUGUAAUGUGGUGUGGUUUUGCAAUGACAGGUGUCUGAAGCUCUAGUUGUAAAUGUUCAUGAAAAGCCACUUCUGUUGUAGUCUGGCUGCUUUUAGUAGUUCUUACUAGUUGUUUUCCAUCUGCAGAUUAUGAGGGCUGUGCUGACUUUUGAGAAGAUUGAAAUUGCUUCACAUUGUGACCCUAAAUUUUAUAUUCACUAUAUUCCUUAAGAGUAUUCCUUAAUAAAUAUUUUAUGAUCAGACAACAGCA